ACAAUUUUUUUUAACUAGAUAUUUGUCAAGUACACUAUGUCAUUAAGAAUUUUUAAAGUCCCUAGUAUUAAACAUAAUUUAUUUAGAAAUUUAUUUGUUAAAAGCCAUUAUAGUCUUACUAAUGAAUUAAUGAAGCUAAAAAUUUUAUCUCUUUCAAAAAUAAAUUCCAAAUUAUAUUUUACUAAAAAAGAAUUAAAUGUACAUUGUGUAUCAAAAUUUUGUUCGAUCGAAAAAUAUAAUAACAAAAUAAAUUUUGAACAAAUCUGUAAUGAAACAUUAGAAGCGUUAUGUGAUUACUUUGAACAUGUUAUUGAAGAAAGUCCUCAUCUUAAUAACCCUGACAUAACUUACAGUGAUGGUGUGCUUACAGUACAUUUUGGAGAGCCCCAUGGUACAUAUGUUAUAAAUCGGCAAAUGCCUAACAAACAAAUUUGGUUGAGUUCUCCAAAAAGUGGCCCAAAAAGAUACAAUUUCAAUGGUACCAAAUGGAUUUAUAAACAUGAUGGCAUUUGUUUGCAUGAAUUGCUUAAUAAUGAAAUUUCAAAAAUUGUGUCAAUCAAAAUAAAUUUUUUUGAUUGUGUCAAUAGAAAAGAUAAAUAAUUUUUUAGAAAAA